UGUUUUUCUGAAUUAGAGAUCCCUCAAAAUCCUGCGAGAAGCUCUCACCUGCACGAAGUAACGUCAGGCCACAGUUGCUGAUGCUAAUCAGCCUGACCCUCCAACAACAACAGUGCCAGGCCUACAUGGGUUCAGUGCAGGGCCAGCUAUGGCUACGUCUUCAAAUACCCCUCUCCCACAAGAUGAUGGUCUGUGGAUGUUUCUUCAGAGCCGAGGGAUUCCUGAGAAAAAUAUUCAGAAAAUGCAGCAAGAUCAUAUUGACAGCUCGGUAGUUGGAGAAAUAGAUGAUGCCACUAUGACUGCUUACAUUCCAGCAUAUGGUGAUAGGAUUGCUACAAGGCGUUUCUGUAUGGAAAAACAGAGAAAGGGUGGUGAUGAUCUAAAAAGACAGUCCUUAUUUGAAAAACUUAGAAGAAAGUUGGGCACAUUGACAAGCAAUAAAGACACAGAUCAAGAUUUUGAGGAGAAGCAUUCUAUGCAGCCAACAAAGAUACAUCUGAGAAAUAACAAAAGGGCCGUGAAGAUGACAAGGAAAAUAGAACUAGGAUGGAUACACGACAAGAAACAAGUGAGAAAACGCAAUGGUGGAGGAACCAGAGUUCUUGAUAUUUCCAAGAAAGCCACAAAAACAGAGAUUCUAUCACAAGCUAAAAAGCUAUUUUUCCCCAAUGAGAAAUCGAGAAAGGGAAAGUGGGAAGAGUUUAGUCACAAUAUUGUUGACUUUCAGGAAGCAUACCUUGAUGAGGGUGUUAGUGUGGGAGAGCUCUAUGAGACACAUAAAUUGGGGAUUUUAAGAUUUUACUUGUUCACAGAGCACCAGACAAAUGAAGAUGAAGUGUUCACAGAGAUGACAGAAGGAACUGAUGAACAUCCAGAUGCAGUGAGGCAAAAUGAGCGACAGAAAAACACAACAGAAGAUAAUGAGCAGCUGACACAAAAAACACAUGACAGUGAACAGCAGACACAUACUGUAGAAGAUGUUGUCUCUACUGCUGUAGAGAUUGUUGAUCUUACAUCUUUGUGUGAUACAUCAGAGGUCAUUUUUGGCCCUUUGCAAGGUGGACCAUUUUUAGAAGAUCUUGAUGACACAAUCUUACAUGAGCCUAUAGAAGAGGCACAGAUACACAUCAACACCUACAGUUCAACUCCUGUCCAUUCUGACACAGUGCCUGCUGGCCCCUUAAGUCCUACUUAUGAACCUUUGCAUGUGACGGUGAAACUCCACAGAGUCAAUCUCUUGGAGGAACUGAUUACCCAAUUCAAGGAUGAAGUGAUUGUCCUACUCUGUGAAAUACAGCUUCAUUCAUGA